UCUUGCGGCAGCCAGCCCAGCCAGUCUUGGAGGAGGCUUUGUCAACUGACAGAACCCUAGCGAGCAGCGACCGGCGGCGGCGGCGGCGUGAUGCAGUUCCUCCGAAGCGGCGGCGGCGGGGGUGGCAGCGGGUUCGGAGGGGCCGCGUGGGAGUUGCUGCGGCGGCACUUCUCUAGGAAGCGGUCGGUGGACGUGCGGCGGAUCAACCCUAAGGUGCCCAAGGAGGAGGCCGUCGCCAUCUCCGGCCGCCUCCUCCAGAUCCUCUCCGACCACGGGCCCCUCACCGUCGGCAACACCUGGAACCACGCCAAGGAUGCUGGUAUUAGCGGCCUGAACAGCAAGACUCACAUGAAGAUCCUGCUGAAAUGGAUGACGGGAAGAAGGGUUGUCAAGUUGACAUGCGUACACGUCGGCAACGCAAAGAAGUUCCUGUAUUCCCCCUACACGGAAAGCUCGGAGGCACCUAAGGAAGGCAGCGCUUCAUCCGUGGCGGCAGAGGAUAAUAAGGCAUCUGCCCAAGGAGGGAAAGGGAGAGCCACACGAGGGCAGCGGAAGAACCAGGCUGCAGCUUUGCAGUGAUGGUCGAUGAUGAGGAGAAGCGGGGUGGAAACGUUGAUUUUUGGGGGGAUUUUGCAACUUUGUUUUCUACCAUGAUGAUGAUGGUGUCAUGUCAUCCAAAAUAGAAGCGCAAUUGAUGUGUUGAAGCAGCAAUGUGUUGUAGGACAGGACAGUUUUGAGUCGGUCAUGUUUAGGCGCAUUGUGCGGAUGGAGGCGGCUGUAUUGCACGCUGCCAAAGCACUUGUGAAACUGAAAUAAUUUGUGAGCAUCACGAGUCCCUCCCUAUUGUAUUGGAUCAGGAAGCGUUGUCU